AUGAUAAGAAUGGAAACUUUCAACUUCAUCAUUUGUAUAUCAGCUUUGUUCCACUCAACUUAUGGAGAUGACGGAGGAACGCCAAUGUUAGACACCGAAACUCAGAAUUACCUUGUUGACCUUCACAAUUUACUCAGAAGAAGUGUUGACCCCACAGCAAAGGACAUGCUGAAAAUGGAAUGGAGUCCUGGCGCUGCCUUAAAUGCCCAAAAUGCUGCCGCUAAAUGUGUGAUGCAACACAGCUCAGCCACUGAGAGACAAAUACAAGAUCCUUUUAAUUAUGUUUGUGGAGAAAACAUUUAUGUAACAACUGCGAAGCCUGAUUGGGCAGCAGCGGUCAACUCGUGGUUUAAUGAAAGAAAUGACUUUACCUACGGGGUGGGACCAAACUCAGAUAAAAUGAUUGGCCAUUAUACUCAGGUUGCCUGGGCCAAAACGUAUUUAUUGGGAUGUGGUUUGGCUUUUUGCCCGGGAAACUAUUAUCCAUAUGUAUCUAUCUGCCAUUAUUGCCCCAUGGGAAAUAUGAUAAAUAGUAUCAAAACGCCAUACGAAGCUGGGGAAUGGUGCGCCUCCUGCCCAGAGUCGUGUGAAGAUAAAUUAUGCACCUCGUAGGAACCCUACAGCCUAAUGGAUGAAGAUGGAGAGGUUACAGGGACCUUCAUGAAAUGAUUAACAUGUUCUGUUAGAGGCAAUAAGAUUGUGGCCCUUGGUGUGGCCCUUGGUGUGGCCCUUGGUGUAUGCUCUAUCAUUACUAGCUUCAUGCCAUAUUACUAGAGAUCAGCUUCCUGCUUCAUAAAAUGUUUCCAAACCAAUGCAAA